AUGCCACACAAGCGUUCUGCCGACAAGCAGUUCGAAGCUGCGGUGAAGAGGGCGCGGUACUUGGGCGCCAAGCACGAGUCCAAGUGCCAGACCAUCCAAGCCAUCCUGGAAGGGCGCCUGUCCGAGAUCACCGUGGAGCAGGUCUUGGACGCCAUCAAGGGGCUCGAGGCGACCGCGCGGCAGGAUGAACCUUACAUCCUCCCCAACACCUUCCUCUACCAGCGCAUCUUCCCCAGCGCGUCCCUCCACCGGGACAUCCUCCUCGAGCUCCGCCGGGACCGCGCCCUAGCCUUCGGAUGCUCGACACGGCAGGGGCGCCCGCCUUGCAGGUCCCAGCCUUUGACUUUUCGGCUGCCACUGAAAGCCGCCAUGGCAAUCGGAUGCCCUGUGUGCGACAAGCGAAUGGUGAAGCGGCCAGGCUCUGGAUCAGAUGCCAUCGUCUUGGACGUGGGCGGUCCCGUUUGUAAGACUCACGUCCCUUACCGCUGCAAUUCGGUGGACUGUCCAAAGCGCGGUUUGGUACAUUGGCACAACUACUACGUGGACGCUGGACGGCACAUUUUCCACGGGGACGUUGCGGCCAUGAAAUGCAUCAUGCUUACCGCGAGCUUCGGGAUCACAACGGAGUACCUGGAAGCCUUGCACGAGCGAAUGCUGAGGGAACACGUAUCUUUUGCCGGCGAAGCUGACGUGGCGCGCGCCCGUGCCGGUGGAACUGCGUUGCCAGCCAAUUUGCGGAAGUACCUGUCGAAAGGCUGGUUCGUGUGGCGGUUGGCCAGGCGCGUCGGCGAUUUGGGCCCUGAUGACACCACUGUGAUCGACUUGAUGCAGCCACUUGAAGACCAAAUCAAGGACACGUGGGACCAGCUCGAAUUAACGUUCGAGCGUAGAACCGCAGAGAGGGCCCGAGCAGCAGGCAUGAAGACCGAUGUGGUUGUGGUGGAUGGCAACGCCAAGAAUCGCAGGCUGACGUGCGCAGCGCCUCUGCGCCACUGUGUGACGUGCCCGCGCUUAGCUCGGCGGGUGUGCGUGGGCUGCCCCCGGACGCCGCUGCUGGGCAGUGCGUUUUGUGGAGAGCACGGCGUGCCCUGCGAGUGCCCGGCCGAGGACUACGAGGUGGUGGGGCACGAGGCGCCCGAGGCGGGGGGCAUGGGUUUGGACGGCUCGUUGAAAUUGCUGGUGCGUGAGCGCCGGGGCGAACUCAGGGAGCUGUGGGUGUCGGAGUCGGCCGUGGACCCGGGCAUCGUGAACGUCUACUUCCACGGUCUCGGGGAAGAUCGCAGAGCGGCCAGCGCGGGCCGGCGGGGGGCAAAGGCCAGGUGGAGACGGGCGGCGGCCAGCGAGGUGCGUCGUCAACUCGACGCCGCGGCCCCUGCGUGGGAUGCCCUCACGCCGGUGGAGCGGGAGCAGCUCCUUUCGGAGAUGUCGUGCGAGGCCGACCUGAAGGCCGUGGCGUGCAACACCCAUAAGGAGGACGACUCGCAGCAGGCGAAGUGCGCACGGACCGCCGAUACGUUCCCUGAGUUGGCUGUUGUCGUUCACGACGACGCGUGCCACUUGCACAGGUUCACGGAGCGCCGGGCGUCCGAUUCCCCGCAGGCCGCGCGUCUGGCUCCUCCAGCGAUCUCUUACAUCUGCGACGCUUUUCACAUGAGUGGGCACACCGAUGCGUGGUGCAAAGCGAAUUGCAACCCAGCCGCCCCUCACUUGAAGACGCUGGUCGAGGGCGUGCGCACGUCUGUGUGUGAAUUUACAUUCACAUGGAUGAGCCAGUACAAGCAUCAAACGAAACACAUGAGCGAAUGGGGGUUUAAGUUUUUCUUGCAGGAGAUGUGCAUGGCGCACAACGAGGCUCUGUUCAAGGGUUCGGCUCCUCACCUCACCCACACGAGCGGGGACUGA